AUGUCACAGCUGUACUACCGACGGACUGACAGCUCCUCGUACCGGGACCGCAUCCCGCUGAGAAUUGUACGGGCCGAGUCGGAGCUGUCACCGCUGGAGAAGGCCUACCUUGGAGCUGUGGAGAAGGGGGACUAUGCUAGUGUCAAACAGGCUCUUGAGGAGGCAGAGAUCUACUUCAAGAUCAACAUCAACUGCAUCGACCCUCUUGGCCGCACAGCUCUGCUGAUUGCCAUUGAGAACGAGAACCUAGAAAUCAUUGAGCUCGUGCUGAGCUUCAACGUCUACGUCGGCGAUGCUCUCCUACAUGCUAUCCGUAAGGAAGUGGUGGGGGCUGUGGAGCUGCUGCUAAAUCACAAGAAGUCUAGUGGCGGCAUGCAGGUUCCUCCAAUCUUAUUGGACAAGCAGUUCUCUGACUUCACCCCUGACAUUACUCCCAUCAUCCUCGCUGCACACACCAACAACUAUGAAAUUAUCAAGCUGCUGGUGCAGAAAGGAGUGUCUAUGCCGCAGCCACAUGAGGUGCGCUGUAACUGUGUGGAGUGUGUGUCUAGCUCAGACGUGGACAGCCUGCGGCACUCGCGCUCACGCCUCAACAUCUACAAAGCUCUGUCGAGUCCAUCACUAAUUGCACUCUCCAGCGAGGACCCCUUCCUCACUGCGUUCAGGCUCAGCUGGGAGCUGCAGGAGCUCAGCAAGGUAGAGAAUGAGUUCAAAUCAGAGUAUGAGGAGCUGUCUCAGCAGUGCAAACAGUUUGCCAAGGACCUCUUGGACCAGACAAGGAGUUCCAGAGAGCUGGAGAUGAUCCUCAACUACAGAGAUGACAUCAACUUAUUGGUCGAAGAGGGCAACAGUGACCUGGCAAGACUCAAACUAGCUAUAAAGUACCACCAAAAAGAGUUUGUAGCGCAGCCAAACUGCCAACAGCUCUUGGCAUCACGCUGGUAUGAUGAGUUCCCCGGCUGGAGACGGCGCCACUGGGCAGGGAAGUUCUUCACCUGUGUUUUCAUCGGCCUCCUCUACCCCUUGUUUGCUCUCUGCUACCUCAUUGCUCCCAAGAGUCGUUACGGCCUCUUCAUCCGCAAGCCUUUCAUCAAGUUCAUAUGCCACACCGCGUCCUACCUGACCUUUCUGUUCCUGCUGCUCCUCGCCUCGCAACACAUUGUCACCACAGAGCAGGACAGGCAGGACAGGCAGGGCCCCGCACCAACCACUGUGGAGUGGAUGAUCCUGCCCUGGGUGCUGGGAUUCAUCUGGGCAGAGAUCAAGCAAAUGUGGGAUGGUGGUUUCCAAGACUAUGUCCAUGACUGGUGGAACCUGAUGGACUUUGUCAUGAACUCUCUAUACCUGGCCACCAUCUCCCUCAAGAUUGUAGCCUACACUAAGUACAGUGGCCUUAAACCCAGGAACCAGUGGGAGAUGUGGCACCCAACGCUAGUAGCUGAGGCAGUGUUUGCCAUAGCCAACAUUUUCAGCUCCCUGCGUCUCAUCUCACUGUUCACAGCCAACUCUCAUCUGGGGCCUCUGCAGAUCUCUCUGGGGAGAAUGCUUCUAGACAUUUUGAAGUUCCUCUUCAUCUACUGUCUGGUCCUACUGGCCUUUGCUAAUGGACUCAACCAGCUGUACUUUUACUAUGAGACCAAGGCUUCAGAUGAAAGGGGCAAAUGCAAGGGUAUCCGAUGUGUGGAACAAAAUAACGCUUUCUCCACGUUAUUUGAGACCCUGCAGUCUCUCUUCUGGUCUAUUUUUGGUCUGAUCAGCCUGUAUGUGACCAACGUGGACGCGGACCAUCAGUUCACUGAGUUCGUCGGUGCCACCAUGUUCGGCACCUACAACAUCAUCUCACUGGUGGUGCUCCUCAACAUGCUCAUAGCCAUGAUGAACAACUCCUACCAGCACAUUGCUGAUCAUGCAGACAUUGAGUGGAAGUUUGCCAGGACGAAGUUGUGGAUGAGUUACUUUGAAGAAGGGGCCACUCUGCCACCCCCAUUCAACAUCAUCCCCAGCCCCAAAUCAUUCUUGUACCUCAUGUGCUGGAUUAAGAAGCGAGUGUGCAAGAGGACGAACUCUAAGCGCCCUAAAACCUUUGGAACACUCGGGAGACGAGCAGCGGAGAACCUGAGGAUAAACCAUCAGUAUCAGGAGGUACUGAGAAACUUGGUGAAACGUUAUGUUGCUGCCAUGAUCAGAGAUGCCAAGACAGAGGAAGGCCUGACUGAAGAGAACUUUAAGGAGCUGAAACAAGAUAUCUCCAGUUUUCGUUAUGAGGUGAUGGGCAUGGUGAAGACAGGAAAACCUGCUCUACAGGGGGAAAGAAAGGCCAGUGCCAGCUCAGUGGAGUCCAGUCUUGCUUACCCCAAUGCCUCACUCAAGGUGUCUCCCUGUCCGCAGAGUAGCCAGGCAAAAAGCAAACUCAACCGAUUCAAGAUCACCACAUCCAUCCUCAAGCAGUGCAGUUCUACAGCCUCACCGAGGCCACCAGAAGCCUUCAACGGUCUACCUAACGGACUCUUGGCCCUGGUCUGCGAUGAGAGCUCCAGUGAAAAGUCAAGCCAGAGAAGAAAUUUCCCCAAAGAUAUCACUGACUUUGGCUUGUUCCAGAAACGCCACUGGGGUAGCAACGAAGCCACGUCAGGCGCUGGAGAGAAUUCUAGAAAGAUGUACUGUUUGUCGGAGGAAGAAGGGGAAUCUGUGGGCUCAGACAGAGAGGAGCAGGACAAAGAGCACACAGCAAUGAGUAAGGAUGAGAAAGGACUCCUGGAGAUGGAAAAGAAGGAAGAGGCUACAGCGAUUGAGGCCCCAAAUGAAAAAAGAGAGCAGGAUGGUGGAGAAAAAGAAACCAAGGAUACAGACAAAGUGAGCACAUCCCGCAGUGACUCAGUAGUUGAUGGAUGUUUUUCUGGGUCAUCCAGUGAAGAUGCAUAA